GAGACUCCGGAAGCGCCAAGCCCAGCUUGCCAAGGCCCUCUGUUAGAGGCCUGCCAUGGCACCUGUGAAGCCCUUUCUCAUGCUAGCAUUGCUGGCAUGGGUUUCUCUGGCUGACCAAGAGUCAUGCCAGGGCCGCUGCACUCAGGGCUUCAUGGCCAGCAAGAAAUGUCAGUGUGAUGAGCUCUGCAGUUACUAUCAGAGCUGCUGCGCCGACUACAUGGAGCAGUGCAAGCCUCAAGUGACUCGGGGGGAUGUGUUUACUAUGCCGGAAGAUGAGUAUGGCUAUGACUACCUAGAGGAGAUCAAGAACGAUACAGUCACCCAUGUCCAACCAGAGAGCACGUCUCCAGAGGACCAUCACCUGAAGCCCCGAACGGAAGGGACACCAAAGCCAACCCCUUCCUCAGAGCCUAAGGAACAGGCUCCUAAACUUGAGGCAAGCACCUCCAGGCCUGAAGCGGGACACCAGGAGGUGACCUUAAGGCCUGAGGCCACUGAUCAAGGGACCUCCGGGCUUCUAGAGGAAGAGCUGUGUAGUGGGGAGCCCUUUGAUGCCUUCACGGACCUCAAGAAUGGUUCCCUCUUUGCCUUCCGAGGGAAGUACUGCUACGAGCUAGAUGAAACGGCAGUGAGGCCUGGGUACCCCAAGCUCAUCCAAGAUGUCUGGGGCAUCGAGGGCCCCAUUGACGCUGCCUUCACUCGCAUCAACUGUCAGGGGAAGACCUACAUUUUCAAGGGUAGUCAGUACUGGCGCUUUGAGGAUGGUGUUCUGGACCCCGAUUAUCCCCGAAACAUCUCUGAAGGCUUUAGUGGCAUACCGGACAAUGUCGAUGCUGCUUUAGCCCUCCCUGCCCACCGUUACAGUGGCCGGGAAAGGGUCUACUUCUUCAAGGGAAAGCAGUACUGGGAGUAUGAAUUCCAUCAGCAGCCCAGCCAGGAAGAAUGUACGAGAAGCUCCCCGUCAGCUGUGUUUGAACACUUUGCCUUGCUGCAGCGGGACAGCUGGGAGAGCAUCUUUGAACUUCUCUUCUGGGGCAGAUCCUCUGAUGGCGUCAGAGAGCCCCAGUUCAUCAGCCGGGACUGGCAUGGUGUGCCAGGGAAAGUGGACGCUGCUAUGGCUGGACGAAUCUACAUCACAGGCUCCACGUUCCCUUCUACCCAGGCCAAAAAACAAAAAUCUAGGCGUCGAAGCCGAAAGCGCUACCGUUCACGCCGUGGGCGUGGCCACAGCCGCCGUCACAGGCUGAACUCCCGGCGUCCAUCGCGUUCAGUAUGGCUCUCUUUGUUCUCCAGUGAAGAGAGUGGGCUAGGAGCUUACAACUAUGAUUAUGAUAUGGACUGGCACAUACCUGCCACCUGCGAGCCCAUUCAGAGUGUCUAUUUCUUCUCUGGAGAUAAGUACUACCGAGUCAACCUUAGGACGCGUCGAGUGGACUCUGUGUACCCUCCCUACCCACGACCCAUUGCUCAGUAUUGGCUGGGCUGCCCGGGCCCUGAGAAGUAGGAAUCAUCCCACACUGAGCCCCAGGGACCCUGGCCUCCAGCCUUUUCCUCCCAGCCCA